GCACACACAUGCUGGCGACUGAGGGUGAGCGAAGAUGUUCAAAGCUAUGCAACUGUCUGGAGAACAUUUAAGGACAUAAUACACGAGGAUGAUUCUUCCGACAAAAAAAAAAACAGCCCGGAUUUGACAUCUGAAUAAGCAGAUCUGAACUGAGGAGCAUCGCAUUUUGAUCAAGAGUUUUCCAGACACGUGUUGGAGUGGAAGGUUUGGAUGGUUAUUUAAACACAAGUGAUUUUCGGAUGGUGUUUACAAAAGAAGAAUUAAGCUAAUGUUGUUAUACUUUGAUGGAAGAUGUCUUAAGAUGAAUUCAUUCCAAAUGUAAGGCAUAGCAUGAGGCAUAGUUAAAAGAAAACAUUUAAAAACUUCAAACUAUGAAUGCUGAGAACAGGAAUGUUUGCACGUCUAAAUUAAUCUAAAAAUAGGCUGAAAGCAACUCUGUCUUCAACUGAAUACAGAGGACUUUGUCGUUUAUAAUAACUUUGGCAGAACGCACCAAUGAAACAGUUUGAAUACUCUGAGCAGAAUAGUUCUGAGCAGUCCUGGCCUUCUUUUGUCAAUCACAACCCUCGGCUACAGCUCAACACUUUGGAUUUUUCUGACUUAUGGGAUGAAGAAGAUCUCGACCUGGAUGUCACUGAUGACGAUCUUUUCCAAAGGAAGAUACCAUCCAAGCAACACCUAGGACACCCUUUAAAUCCUCCAUCACCUCCACCAGCACCGCCAUUGGCUUCCCCUCCUCCUCCUCCUCCUCCACCUCCUCCUUCACCUUCUCUUCACGUUAAUCCCGCAACGUUGGGAUCGGCCCGUCGAACUCUGAGGCUUCACUGGAAGGAGUUGUUGAGUUUGCAGCCCCUGCCGAGAGUCAGCCGUUUUGGGUCACAGUCCAUUUGGGCUGCUUUGGAACCGGUACAUCUGGACACCAACAGACUAGAAUAUUUGUUUGAAAGCAAGAACAGCAGUAAUAAGACUCUUUCUGCUCUGCAGGGCGGAACACGGAAUCAGAUGUGUGUGUCUGUAUUGAGUGUGAAGCGGAGUAACAUCAUAACUAUAGCCCUGAGCAGCCUGCCUCCUCCCCACUUGCUCCCUCCGGCUAUCCACAGCAUGGACUCCAGUGUUUUGGACAGGGAGGAUGUACAGAGGCUUCAGUCUUUGGUCCCUUCUGAGGAAGAGCUGAAGUUGAUUAAGGAGGCAAAAGCUCAUGCACCGUGUUGUACUCUGGCAAGUGCAGAGCAGUGUCUCCUCACCUUGGGUGGCGUCACACACCUGAGCUCCAGGCUUCAACUCUGGGCUUUUGCACUAGAUUAUGAUACGCUGGAAAAGGAAAUUGCAGAGCCCCUCUUUCAUCUCAAGCUGGCAAUGGAGCAGCUGGCAGCCAAUCGGACAUUUCACUGUAUACUUGCGACCGUACUCGCCAUUGGUAACUUUCUUAAUGGUUGUAAGGCUCGAGGGUUUGAAUUGAGUUACCUGGGGAAACUGUCGCAGGUUAGGGACACACAUAGCCGGCAGCCUCUGCUGCACCACGUGUGUGCCUUACUCCUCCAGCUUUACCCACAGUCCUCGGACCUGUACUCUGACAUCACUGCUGUCACCCGGGCCAGUAAGUAUGAUUACUCGCAAGUUCAGUCCAGUUUCUCUGCACUGGAGUCUCUUUGCAAAGCAUCAUGGGAGCAGCUGCAUCUGCUGAAUAAAGAAGACACGAAGAAGGGAGCAAGACGAGGUGAAGGGGACGAGCAGAGAGGAAUAAGUGAGGCAUGCCUCUACCUGAGAUUGCCCAAAUUUCUGAAAGAGUGCAACGAAAGGCUGAAGGUGCUUCGUGCUGUCCAUCGGCGAGUAAUCAACAGAUUUCACUCAUUCCUCUUGUACCUGGGCUACUCACGCGCCAUGGUGAGGGAGACUAGCCCAGAUGCAUUCUGCAAAACCAUUAGCGACUUUGCUUUGGAGUACAGAGCUACUCAUCAUGCCAUUCUUCAGCAGAGAGAGAGGGAACGAGAACGGGAGGAAAAAGAGGAGGAAAGGAUACGAAAAACUUCCUCUCCUGCACCAAAAACAAAGGCUAUAGAAAGCCCAGCUCCAGAUUGCAUGGAGCAGUCAAUGCUAGAAAAGGUGCUAAAUACACCUACAUCACCCUCUUGCUUUGACCUCAGUCUCCCACGUCAGCGCAGCAGGACACCAAGCACCAAAGGUUGCUUUCCACGAAGACUAAAAUGGUAACAGAAACUGUUCUACCUGCUUCUGAUAACUAUUAAAAUAUAGAAUGGUUAAAGUACCAGUUGAUAA